GGUCAAAACCAUAACGCAGCUCUUCCUGCUCAGGUCUCCUUCUGCAUGCCCGAGACUGCCGAGCCGCCAGCCGCCAUGCCCAGCACUGAAGAGCGCGUCGCUCUCCGCACCUCGGGUCCGAGCAGUAGUUCUCUCACGUCUCCGUCACGCGCGCGGUUGCUGGCCACGGCGGGCGUGGGCAGCGGGCCCGCAGCCCCCGACGAGGCCCACGCUGUUCGACUCAAUGUGCUCAACAGCAGCGUACAGGAAGCCCGAGACGCCCGUAACUCGCGCCUCAUCAUGUGGGCCAUCUCACUGGUCAAUUUGCCGCAGAUCGUGGUGGCUGUCAUCAUCCUGGCGCUGCAUUGGCAGGGCGAGACGCUGUGCUAUCGUAUCCAGGUGUGGGUAUUGCUACACACUAUCCACCUCACGCUCACGUUGCUGCUGGAAUGGACACUCUACUACUUGAAUGGUGUUCGCAGCAACACUGCCAUCAGACUUCGGGAACAGUACAUGGCUCCACUGAGCCAGCUCAAGUACGGGCUGGAUCUGGCUGGUCUCUUCUGGUUCUUGGUGGGUAAUAUGUGGGUCAUCAGCGACGGCGCGCGCUGCGACGACGGGUCGACCAUGUACCAGUUGGCUCUGUGGAUGAUUGUGAUCUCUUAUGCCAAGAUCUUCCUGCCCUGCUUGCUGCUGUUGGCGCUACUGCCGAUCCUCUGCUUCUGUCUACCUUGUGUCAUUCGACUACUGAGUCGAUUACAGGACCCUAUGAGGGGAAAAGGAGCGACCAAGGAGAUGAUCGACCAGUUAGAGACCAAGACGUACACGGCCAAUAUGUUCCCGCCUGAGGACGCGUGCUGCUGUAUCUGUUUGAACGACUACGAGGCGUCACAGUCACUGCGUGUGCUACCGUGUGCACACCAUUUCCACAAAGACUGCGUGGACGAGUGGCUGUUAGUGAACUCUACAUGCCCGACAUGCCGUAAAUCCAUCUUCGACACAGCAAACUCUGGAGGAGCCACAACAACAACCGAGGAAGAUAUACUACGACGGGUGUGAUGGCUGAGGAUGUUUUUAUUCGCCAAGGAGUGAUACUACUCGACUCUCAUAUUUUCAGUUAAUGGUGUUGGUAUUCCUAAGUAGGGCUCGUAUCAUUUUUUUGCGUGCUACUUGUGUGUAGCCAUUUUUUUAUGAGCUUUGUGAUGCUGGAAAUAUUAGCUCUGGCUCAGUCAUUGCCAGCGUCUGCUUGCAUUGCUGCAACAAUUCUGUGAAAAAUAUUCAUACAGCAGAAUAGGUAAAAUUCCUUCUAAGUGAACAAAAAAAAAAAAACUGCGGACCUUCGAGGU